AUGGUAAUGAAGAUCCGGUGUGAUGUGUGUGACAAUGUAGAGGCGACAGUUUUCUGUUGUGCGGAUGAAGCUGCUCUCUGCGAUGGAUGUGAUCACAGAGUUCACCAUGCAAACAAGUUAGCAAGCAAACACUCGAGGUUCUCUUUAGUCCAUCCUUCUUUCAAAGAAUCCCCUCUCUGUGAUAUCUGUCAGGAGAGGAGAGCCCUCCUGUUUUGUCAAGAGGAUAGGGCCAUUCUAUGCAGAGAAUGUGACCUCCCAAUUCACAAAGCUAAUGAACAUUCUCAGAAACACAACAGGUUUCUUCUCACAGGUGUAAGGCUCUCUGCUUCUUCUUCUCUGCACACAGCAUCAUCGACCUCCACUAAUAACUUUGACGCAAACAUUAACACUACUAGCAAUAGAAACCAUCAGCCAUACCUAAAGAAUUCCAACGAAAUCCUCAGCUCUCCUUCAGUUGAGACAGCAUCAACAACAACGGCAUAUAAUUUCGAUGAAAAUCAUGUUAGUGACAAUGGUUCAAUUUCAACAAGUAGCAUAUCUGAGUAUUUAGAGACAGUACCAGGCUGGCGCAUCGAUGAUUUUCUUGAUCCUUCAUUUGCUAGCAAUAAUGGUUGCAAUAAGGUUUGGAGUGCACCCUAUUUCUAAAGAGAGAGACCUGUUUUUUUUAGGGUGUUGUAUUUUUUAAGACUCAUCUACACCCUUUUCCCUAACGUAACCCAAUUUGAUGCAGACUUGUGACCUUUUUUAAUUUUGCCAUUGCUGGAUCAAGAUCUUGAAAGCAACAGGAGUUCUUUUUCUACAGAAGAUUUAGGCUUCUCGGUCCCUCAAGUUACAGCCCACUUCCCUCAACUUCAUCGUUAUAUUCCCCAGCCUGGUUUACCCAGUGGAUUUAGUCAGUCAAAAGAAGCAAGCAAAAUGAAAGUUAGUUGGGAAUGGAGCGAGGAUGGUCUUACAGUUCCUCAGAUCAGCCCCCGAUCUGUCAAGAAAUCCAGGCUUUUCAUUCACGUUUGUUUGAUCAGUUUUUCAACUGUAAAACAUCAUCUCUCUUUCGUUGUCCUAUGCAGUGUUUUUUCAAUGGUUGCCCACUUCUUUUCAGUGUUUGAUUUUUAGUUUUUCUAUGAUUUAGUGAUAUAAUAAUAAAAUCUUCAGACAUAAAUUCAGUGAA